AUGACGGGUUCCUGUUGUGGCUCCACCUGCUCUGAGGAGGGCUGCUGCCAGCCCAGCUGCUGCCAGCCUUCUUGCUGCAGGACCACCUGCUGCACCACCAACUGCUGCUCUGUGCCCAGCUGCUGCAGUCCCUGCUGCCGGCCCUGCUGCAGCCCCUGCUGCCGGCCCUGCUGCUCCAGCUCCAGCUGCUGUGGCUCCAGCUGCUGCCGCCCCUCUUGCUGCUGCAUCUCCAGCUGCUGCCGGCCCUGCUGCUCCAGCUCCAGCUGCUGUGGCUCCAGCUGCUGCCGCACCUGCUGCUGCCUGCGCCCGGUCUGUGGCCAGGCGUGCUGCUGCACCACCUGCUACCGCCCCACCUGUGUCAUCUCCACCUGCCCCCGCCCCAUGUGCUGCGCCAUUCCCUGCUCCUCUGACACCAUGACCGGCUCCUGUUGUGGCUCCACCUGCUCUGAGGAGGGCUGCUGCCAGCCCAGCUGCUGCCAGCCUUCCUGCUGCAGGACCACCUGCUGCACCACCAACUGCUGCUCUGUGCCCAGCUGCUGCAGCCCCUGCUGCAGUCCCUGCUGUAGCCCCUGCUGCCGGCCCUGCUGCAGCCCCUGCUGCAGCCCCUGCUGCCGGCCCUGCUGCUCCAGCUCCAGCUGCUGUGGCUCCAGCUGCUGCCGCCCCUCUUGCUGCUGCAUCUCCAGCUGCUGCCGGCCCUGCUGCUCCAGCUCCAGCUGCUGUGGCUCCAGCUGCUGCCGCACCUGCUGCUGCCUGCGCCCGGUCUGUGGCCAGGCGUGCUGCUGCACCACCUGCUACCGCCCCACCUGUGUCAUCUCCACCUGCCCCCGCCCCAUGUGCUGCGCCAUUCCCUGCUGCAGCUGCUGA